GGAGAUGCACAGGCACUUUCACAGGACGUCCCCGAUUGAUGCCAAACUGCGCUGUGAGAAACACGAGAAUCAUGCCCGUACCCAGGAAAGCAGGGAGAAAAAGCAGUGCUACAGAAGUAACACUGCCACCAUAUGAGCCCAAUAUCCCCGAACCAACCACCAGGGCCGACUUCAUGAAAUAUUGGAUCCCCCUCUCUUUCGAUGACAGAACUGCAGAGAAACUGUUGUGGAUUUCAGAGGGCGGCUCUAAGGUGGCUCGUACAUCAGAUGCAGUGUGCCCUUAUCCCCAGAGACCUGAGAGAUACGACCACUCACCACAGGUGCUGUGCAAGGAAGGGCUGCUAGGCCAUCGAGGGUACUGGGAGGUGGAAUACGACGGCUGGGUGGUGAUCGGGGUGGUCAGCGAGAGCUCACCCCGGAAGGUGCAGGACGGACCCUGCGGCAUCGGAGAGAACGAAACCUCCUGGGGUGCCGGCUGGUCUGGCUCCUGCUGUCAGAUCUGGCACAAUGCAGUGAACGUGGACAUCGAGCUGCCCCUGUCCUCCACCAUGGGCGUCUACGUCGACCAGCCCGCAGGCAUCAUAAAGUUCCUCUUGGUGGAGGGAGAUGCUGAGAAGGAGGUGCGGCUGAUUCACAAAUUCAAAGAAAACCUCCAGGAGAAGGUCUUCCCUGGAUUCUGGGUUGGCACCAAUUCAUUCUGCCUUAUUCGGAAAAAGGAUCAGUGACACAGUAGAAUAAGCAAAUCGGGGAAAAGGGAGGGAGGGUCACGUAUCAAUUUAAAAAGCAGGGGGAGAUGGGGAUCUUGUGAUGUUUGGGGAACAAAUGCUGUAACCAUUUCUGCUUUCUCUAGUGCAUGAAGAAAGCUUAUUGGUUUCAGACCGUCCCCAGAGAUGCCCAAAUAUCGUACUAACGGGCAUUUAUCUGUUAUUUAAACUUAGAAGAAUGGGCAUUUAAUGGUAUAUUUCAAUCCAGCUGGGACUUUUCAUGAGCUAGACUGCCUGUUUUAUUCAGUCUGGAUGUUUUGUAUGUGCCAAAUGUAGUCAAUAAACUCUCCUAUUGUG